UCACCCUCUGAGGGGGACGAAAUUGAGUUACCUUUCUUGGCAUUCCCCUAUGCACAGUUCCCACGAUCUUAACCAGAACGCAGCGGAGAAUUCGCCAAAACGGACCUCUAGUAGUUGCUUAGUUAGGAAAAGAGUAUACUUUUUGGUAUUAUGCUGUUUUUGAGCGAAUUGGGCCUGCCUGUGAUGGUGGUGAUGGUUGGGGAAUGCCAAGAGACGUAACUCAAUUUCGUCCCUCCCAGAGGCACAAUCACUUGUCAAAACAACGUCUAGUGUGUCGAAGUUGGAGGUUCGUGAUGAAACACUUUGUCGCAGGCGAAAGGAUUAGAUCUAGGAGCCUAAGGCUACAAACUGCAUUAAUAAUCUUGCCAUGAGUCUCGUAUAUCUGCAGGGCCAGGGAACCGGGCAUUCACAUAGAACACACAACUUACAGAUAGAAUCUGAGGACCUGCGAAAUUGCCGCCGAAAAGGGCGGUUUGUGACGCUGUUUUUGGCGGCAUUUCCACACGACCUGGUCACGAAAAUCUUUCCUUCUCCCCAAACACCCCUGGAUAACACAGACGUGGGCUCUUCGGACGGCGAGAACGAAGACCAUGACUCGGACCCUCCGCCUCCCGAAUACGUGUUUCAGGGGCGUGCACGUCUUGUAGAUGCCUUCUACGGGCCGGACGCUGACACGCUUGAUGGCGAACAGAGAAUCGGCCGACGGAUCCAGGUCACAAAGGACAUGAUAGCACUUUGGGGGCUUUGGGAGCCGAACCGCCGAGGGAAGAGGUUCGACUGGAACAAGGAUACCGAAGACAUCGUUGUCGACAUUAUUGAGAAAAAGCAGGAGCAGGGCUCCAGUCCAUGUCUCAACGAAAUGAAAUGUCCGACUGGUGUUUGCAUCAUAUGCCCAAAAUUGCAUACUAUGGUAGACGCAAGUUCCGGGGUAUGGAUUCGUUGAGACUUGAGACGUCACCUAAUAAAUCAACACCUGAGUCAUCUGCCUGAAGGGGUUCCUCUCUCCUGCACAUGGAACACGUGCGGAAGCAGUUCUGCCUUCAUCGACAUUGGAGCCUUCCUGAUCCAUAUUGCCACGGUCCACGAUUACGACGUAAAGAUUGGACC